GCAAAGUUGAUCAGUGUGUUCAGUUAAUUUGUUUAUAUUUAGAAAUUUGUGUCGUUUAUGAUGUUUCCGAUGAUGGUUAUUUGUAGAGUUCAAAAGAAAACAUAACCUAAGAUUAGUAACGGAGUGCGUUUCAAGUCAGAAUAAAAAUUACGAGCAAAAUGAACAAAGGGAAGAUCAGUUUUGGAAAGAUCAGUGCCAAUUUUGGUCAAAAUGCCGAAAAAAUUGAGCCUAGUGGUACCAUUGGGACUUUUGGACCACCGAAGGCGAUGGAACUUCUUGAGGAUGACAGCAAAGAACAAGAACACAUUAAGGAAGUUAUGGGGAUAACGUCCUUCGGGAAAAAAGCCAAGAGUUUCGACAUUCAGGAAAUGAUGGCCCAGGUCAAAGCCACCGCCCGCGAGCUCACCAAAACCUCCGACCCGCCCCUGCCCGAGCCCCCCGAGGAUGAAGACGAGGACGACGACGACCUCAUCGGCCCGCCAAUCCCGACGGACCUCUUCCAAUCAACCCCCGACGAAACCCAACCGAGGAAUCCCGAAGACAGCGACAGCGAAUCAGAAGACGAAGAGCCCGACGUCCACUUCAUCCCGUGCUCCAACGAAGCAACCAUGACCCACGGCAACAAGGCCGUGACCGCGAUUAGCGUGGACCCGAGCGGGGCUCGGCUGGCGUCGGGUUCGGUCGACUACGAGGUGAGCUUCUGGGACUUCGCCGGCAUGGACUCGAGCAUGCGCAGUUUCCGGACGCUGCAACCGGCGGACAAUCACCCAAUCAGAUCGCUGAAUUAUUCCGGGACUGGGGACUUGUUGUUGGUGAUUUCUGGAGCUAGUCAGGCGAAGGUGUUAGAUCGGGAUGGGUUUGAGAAGUUGGAGACGGUGAAAGGGGAUAUGUACAUAACGGAUCAAGCGAAGACCAAGGGACACACGGCUGGGUUGUUGGCUGGGUGUUGGAACCCGCUCGUGAAGGAGGAGUUUUUGACGACGAGUGCCGAUGGGACGAUUAGGACGUGGGACUUUUACGAAGGGGGGAAGAAUCAUAAGAGUAUUGUCAAGUGUCGGGCGCAGAAUGGGUUGAAGGUGUCACCGACGGCGGUGACGUAUGGGCGUGAUGGGAAAGUUAUAGCUUGUGGGUGUGCUGAUGGGUCGCUGCAGUUGUGGGAUUCGAGAAAAAGCUCGGUGGCUCCGGCUAGUCAGGUACGGAAAGGACAUCUACCGGGAGAAAUCACCAGCAUUAGGUAUUCUCACGUUGGUAACAAUCUGGUUACUAGAAGUUGCGAUGAAACUUUGAAAUUGUGGGAUUUAAGAAACUUUAAAACCUGUAUCCAUCAGGUUACAGAUUUGUUCACUCGGUACGACACCACCGACGCCAUUUUUAGUCCAAACGACGCCAUUAUAGCGACUGGAAUGUCACUGCGCAAGAACGACACAGACGGUUACAUCUUCUUCUACGACUCAACAAACUUAUCUCUAAUUCAAAAAAUCCAAAUCACCAACUCACACACAAUUAAGCUCCUCUGGCAUCCCAAACUCAACCAAAUCUUCGUCGGCACAGGAAACGGCAUAGUUAAGUGUCUCUACGACCAGAAGUGGAGUCUGCGCGGUGCUACUCUCUGUGCUGCCAAAGUACACAGAAAAGCUCAACAUUCCGAGAUUGUGAGUACCCAACAAGUGAUAACACCACACGCGUUACCCCUAUUCAGACAAGAAAGACGUAAAACCAGUAGGAAACAAAUGGAGAAGGAUCGUCUGGAUCCUGUGAAGUCUCGAAGGCCCGAUUUGCCCAUUACGUCUGGUCAGGGCGGCAGAGUUGCCUCUAGUGGGGGUACUUUGAGCAGCUACGUUAUCAGGAAUCUCGGGUUGAGUAAGAGGGUGGAUGAUGACCAGGACCCAAGGGAAGCUAUUUUAAAAUAUGCCAAGGAGGCAGCGGAAAAUCCGUACUGGAUUACGCCAGCGUAUGCAAAGACCCAGCCAGACGUUGCAUCCAAAGGGAAGACUUCUGCGGACGAGCCCCCAGCGAAAAAGGCGAAGGAGGGCUGAAGUGUCGCUAUGUGGGGAAGUUUUACAGACGUUCCGGGUCAUCAGUCCAAUCAAUCACUGAUUUGGUCUUUGGAAUAGAUUUUGCAACGUCAUUGCGAUGAGCAAUCAGAGCCGAGUUUUUUAUUAAUGUUAGAUGUCGGCUGAUGUCUAUUUUGGGCUGCCGGUAGGAUUGUUACUGAUUAGGGUAUUAAAGGUGGACCUAAACUUUUAUUCUGGAUGGAUUGAUGACUGAGAACUAGGAGUUUGCAAGUUGGAAGACGUCUUAUAUUUUUUUAAAGAUUGCGAAUGCAACGAUGUAAUGCAAUGCAUUUUUUUUUGGUCUAAUAUUUAGAGAUUGAUUGUAUGGAGAUGAAUUUAGAGUAAUUUAUUGUAGUAAAUUUGUAUAAAUUGAUAUUUUUAGAUUUUUUGUUGAUUGGAUAGAUAUUGUAGAUAUUGUAUAUCGUAUCAAGUAUAAGCGGGCAGCCAUGUUAUAUUUAUAGUAGUGGAUAUGUAUGUGUCUGUACAGUUUUAACCAACAUAACAGUUUAAAAUCGUU